AGGGACUUACCUACCACGGGGGGGGGGGAUUCGACCCAACAUCCGGAUUUCUUAAAUAACUCAUAAACUGCUUCGGCUAUCAGCGUGAAGCUUUUAAAACUUUGUCGGAUAUUAUUUCGGCGUCUUUUUUAAAAGAUUUAGGCAAUUUAAUCAAAAUUUUCUGACAACAUAUGAUUUUCGUCAAAAAUGAUAUAUAUAUGAAAAAUUGCAAAAAUCGACAUAUUUCAAGCUUAUCACAAACGAAAAACGUCAAAAGAAUAUGCACCUACACCAAGGCUUGAACAUGGUUUUCUCGGAUUAAAAAGUUUUUCGACUCUAGAAAGUUAAAAUCUACUGUUCGGCCAGCAAAACCGUCAGCCUCCCAGCCCCACCGCUCCCGUCAGAGCGGUGUCACACCGGGUCGAGCUACCGGGGGUUCGGGGAAGUGCGGGCGUCGGGACGUCGGGACGUCGAGACCGGCCUGACCGGCGCGGGUCGCGCAGGGUCGGCCGGAUCACCGGCAGCGGGGGAGUGGGGAGGGUACCGGUCCAACCAGCUAGCCCUCUCUGUGACGGAGCGUCGGAGGGACGGUCGUGCCGGGUCGUUCGGUCACUGACCCGCCGCUGGAGCCAGUUGGACAAGAGGCUGCGUCGGUGCCGGGGUGGCAUCAGACGCCACCUGGCCUCGGCUCGAACAGGUGGCGCACGAUGCUGUUCCUGUUGGCCGCCCUGCUGACCCUCUCGGGGGUGCAGCCCACCGCGCUACCAGCAGAGCCACGCGAGAGCGGACGGCUCUCCGGCGCUUAUGGCGCCCUGUCUCAUACCGUCCGUGACCUGACCUCGCUGCCGCGCACAUACGGCGAGGAUCGAUCGGCGCGCAUCGUCUGCUACUUCAGCAACUGGGCCAUCUACCGCGAGGGUCUGGGCAAGUACGGCCUGGAGGACGUGCCGGCCGACAAGUGCACCCACCUGGUGUACUCCUUCAUCGGCGUCAGCAACGUCACCUGGGGCGUACUCGUGCUGGAUCCCGAGGUGGACGUUGAGCAGGGAGGCUUCGAGAAGUUCGUGGCCCUGCGCGAGAAGCACCCGGGUCUGAAGCUGCUGGUGGCGGUCGGAGGAUGGGGCGAGGGCGGCAAGAAGUACCACCAGAUGGCCACCAACCCGCAGUACCGGAAAAUGUUCGUCACAUCGCUCGCCCAGUUUAUGAACAAGUACAAGUUCGACGGUCUGGACCUGGACUGGGAGUACCCGGGCGCCACGGACCGCGGCGGCGGUUACUCGGACAAGGACGCGUUCCGACAGUUUGUCGGAGAGCUGCGCUCCACGUUCGACGCCAUCGGCAAGGGCUGGGAGCUGUCCAUGGCAGUGCCGGUGGCCAAAUUCCGCCUGCAGGAGGGAUACCAUGUCGGUGACCUGUGCAGGAUGAUCGACGCCGUGCACGUGAUGACCUAUGACCUGCGCGGUAACUGGGCCGGCUUCACCGACGUCCACUCGCCGCUCUACAAGAGGCCCUUCGACCAGUGGGCCUACGCCACACUCAAUGUGAACGACGGUCUGAAGCUGUGGGUGGCCGAGGGAUGUCCUCCCGACAAGCUGAUUGUCGGCGUGCCCUUCUACGGCCGCACCUACACCCUGGGAAGCAAGGAGUCCACCGGACUGCGGGCCGGUAUCAAAAAGUGGGAGGGCGGUGGCAAGCCCGGCCCGUACACCAACGCCAAGGGCUUCCUGGCCUACUACGAGAUCUGCACCAACGUGGGCAAAGAUGGCACCUGGACCAAGAAGUACGAUGACAUCGGAAAGUGCCCCUACGCGUACCAUGAGGACCUGUGGGUGGGAUAUGAGGACGAGGACUCUCUCCAGAUCAAGAUGGACUUCAUCCGCGACAACCAGUACGGCGGCGCGAUGGUCUGGGCCAUCGACAUGGACGACUUCCACGGACUCUGUGGACCGAAAAACGCCCUUAUUGAAGUAUUGAACCGCAACAUGAAGGACUACAAGGUGCCGAAGCCGGUCGGGUUCGUUCCGAAGCCGCCGCCGAGCUGGCAGGAGCCGUUCACCAUGCCGGAGCCUUUCGACGUGCCCGGCGUCACCCAGGAGGGCGCCAUCGUCACCGAGGCCACGACUCCCGCCACGACGACGACGACGAAGACGACGACCACCACCACCACCACCGCUUCCUCCGCCCCCUCGGGAGCGAGCGAGGUGGAGGCGGUAGCUGCUGCUCCCGCUCCGGCACCGGCGCCCGCGCCCGCGCCGGCGCCAGAGGCCACUGAUGUGCCGUCCUCCUGUUCGGAUGGAGACUACUUCGCUCACCCAGACUGCUCCAAGUACUACUGGUGCGUGCACGGCGAGUUCCAACUGAGUGGCUGUGCCGACGGACUCGUGUUCAACUUUGCCAGCAAACAGUGCACGUGGCCGGAGCUGGUCGGCGCGCAGGCGCACUGCGGGGCCAGGUCGGCAACUCCCUCCAACUCGGAGUACGUGCGCGGCAAGUUCUCGCCCUCGUACUCGCGGGACCCGUUCUACAACCGUGACGUGGCCGCGCUGCGAAUCAGUCAGGACGUCUACCCGUCACCCGUCAGCGUCGAUGAGAAGAACCUCAGGCGCUACUGAGAACCAGGUUCCGCUGAGAACCAGACUUCGCUGAGAACCAGAUGCUUCUGGGCACCGGGUGCUGCCGAGAGCCAAGUGUGACUGGGCAUCAGUUGCUUCGAGGAAUCGGGCGCUACUGGUUUACAGGCGUUGCUGAGAUCAAUCUCCCGUAAGUGAAAGCAGUCGCCUGCUGCCAUUGAGUUAGGUAUAACGUGACGCAAUCGGUUGAUGUUUCCCGUUGUUGCUCAAACUUCUGUUGAGGCAUUCUGUUGUUGACGACGAUGUUACUCUAGGUGACGAACGAUAGGGUCGGUGUUGUUAACUUUAACGACAAACCAAUCAUUCCAACGGGAAUGCAACAUGACGACAACUGAUUGUUGAAAAGAAAAUGUUGCAGAGACAGCCCCUUGGUUUUGAUGGUGUUAUUUAUCGGAGUGCAAUAGUGACAAUACGAUAUGAAAAUACU